GAGAAGUUCAUCCGAAAUUUAUUGGAGAAAGCCUAUAUAUCUCCAGUAAAUCUCUCUGUUCUGAGAAGCAUUCCAGAACAGAGAGAUUGGAUAUUUUGCUUAGAAAUGGAAUUCUCAUACUUCUUGUUGUUGUUUGUGGCUUUCAUCAUAGACGUUGGAGAAUGCCAAAGUAAUGGGUGUGCUAAAUUGCCGUGUGGAGCUCGUGGCCCAGUCAUCCGAUUUCCCUUCCGGGUUAACAGUCAGCCAGAGCACUGUGGGUAUCCUGGGUUUAAUCUCUCCUGCACUGAUACAAACGAUGCAGUGGUUGAGUUGCCGAAUUCAGUCAAGCUUUUUGUCAAACGGAUUGACUACAAGUCUCAGGUACUUCAAUUAUAUGAUCCAGCUCAUUGUAUUCCAAAGCAGCUUAGGAGACUCAAUUUAUCUUCCUCGCCUUUCCAAUUCGAACAAGAUUCCCCUGAAGACCAGACUUGGUCUUCAGGGGAAUCUUCUUCAACUGGCCUUACAGACUUUGGCUUCUUCAAUUGUUCCCAAAGAGAAGUAAAAUUCAGGUUUAUCCGCUGUCUUAGUAGCCAAAAACACCAGGUUUAUGCCUUCGAUAAACGUGAUGACCUCAUGGACUUACCCCUAUCAUCUUGUACAAAGAUGUAUUCUCUUCGAUCAAUUCCAAAUACUAGAGUGCUCGGUGAUGAUGAGAAAAAUCUUGAACUGAAAUGGUCCAGACCAGCAUGUGUACACUGUGAAGCAAAAGGCAAGAAAUGCAGAUUGAAGAAUAAUAGCACUGCAUUAGAAACCGAAUGCUUCCUCGAAGGUGCAUUAUCAAAGUUAGCGAUCACGGGUGCCACCUUAGGUUCAUUUCUAUUACUACUUGCUGUCUUUGCUCUCUACCGUUUCUAUACUUAUGAUAAAGUAGAAAAAGAACAUCAAGUGAAGAUUGAGAAGUUUUUAGAAGACUACAGAAAUUUCAAACCCACAAGAUACUCGUAUGUCGACAUUAAAAAGAUUACAAAUCAAUUUUCUGAGAAGUUAGGUGAAGGAGCAUAUGGAACAGUAUUUAAAGGAAAGCUUUCCCAUGAAAUCUAUGUUGCAGUGAAGAACCUCAACACUUCCAAGGGAAAUGGGGAAGAAUUCAUAAACGAAGUUGGAACAAUUGGUACAAUCCAUCAUGUUAACGUGGUUCGCUUGGUUGGCUUCUGCGCCGAUGGAUUUAGACGAGCUCUAGUUUAUGAGUUUUUAUCAAAUAAUUCACUAGAAAAGUUCAUAUCUUCAUCGGAUGCCAAGAAUUGUAUUCUUAAUUUGGAUAAGAUGCAAGAUAUUGCUCUUGGGGUAGCAAAAGGAAUCGAAUAUCUUCACCAAGGAUGUGACCAACGAAUCCUCCAUUUUGAUAUUAAACCUCAAAAUGUUUUGCUAGACCAGAACUUCAAUCCAAAAAUUUCUGAUUUUGGUCUUGCAAAGUUGUGUUCAAAGGAUCAUAGUGCAAUGUCCAUGACUACAGUUAGGGGGACUAUGGGUUACAUUGCACCCGAAGUAUUCUCCAGAAAUUUUGGGAAUGUGUCUUCUAAAGCAGAUGUUUAUAGUUUUGGAAUAUUGUUACUUGAAAUAGCCAAAGGGAGGAAAAAUGUUGACAUUACAGUUGAAAACACUAGCCAAGUCUACUUUCCAGAAUGGAUCUACAAUAUCCUGGAACAAAAAGAAGACAUAAGAAUCUUUGUUGAGGAUGAUGGAGAUGAUAAAAUUGCAAAGAAACUUGCAACUAUUGGACUCUGGUGCAUCCAAUGGAACCCAGUGGAUCGCCCUUUCAUAAAAGAUGUGGUUAAAAUGUUGGAAGGAGAAGGAGAUAAAUUAAUUAUGCCUCCUAAUCCCUUUGCCUCUGCUGGCCAUGUAAAAAAUAAUGCAAAUAUGCCUACAAAACGUCAAAACCUAGAGUUGGAGGUCAUCCCAGAAUCAAAAUAAUUGUAUGUAAACUUAGCAUAUGUGAUAAUA